AUGUCUGCUUCCGACGAUGAGUCUCCUUCCUCUCCAGUCGCGGCCGCUGCUACCCCUUCGAAUGCCAUCCCCGCUUCCGCAGCCGCGACCGGCGACUUUAUGAAGGCGGUUCAGCAGCAACUACUGCAACUUUUCAAUCCGACCUCUGGGCAGACCUUCGCGGUCCAGUUUCCGGGGCGAUUUCUCCAGGAGGAUCUGUAUGCCUGGGACACCGAAAAGGCCGGAAUUUAUGGCCAAUUCAGCAAGCCGGUCGUCGUCAACGAGAGCGAGUUUCGACUCGUCGACCAGCUCUACGAUGUCGGGCAGGUCGUUGGUGCCCCGAAUGGGUCAAAUCUUUCCAUCAUUUAUCAGGAGAUUCUAAACAACUUGGUUCCCGGGUUUGACAGCUCCCAGGCGAACUUGGCAAAGCAGCAGGACAAGAUUCGCCAGUGGCUUUUGAAGGACGUUCCUGCUGCUCCUUGGAUCAAGGACCUUAUCGAGGAGCGGCACCAGCGCGCCGGGACGUCGUCGACUCCCGAUGCCUCCAAUGGCUCAUUUGCUGUUGCGAAUAAGCUCACAGAAGACGGAAAAGUUAAUCGUAUGGAACUUGCGGAGGCUCUCAUGGAGGAGGACGCUCAGCCGGAAAAGAACGCUAAGCCGGAAAGUAUGGAUGAUCUUACACAGACGCUUGCGCAUAUCACAGCCGUUCGUGAGGCUCAACUGUCUGCAAAAUACGCUGAUGCUGUUGUGCUUGGCUACUCUCAUACCAUCCGCCAAUAUCUCGGCUACAUGGAUAUUACAAGUCCAGCCGAAAUGUUGCAAAACGCCAAAGAUUCUUUCCGCGAGUCUUCUUCUAGCUCUCUCGAUGGCAGCAUGAACGUGUAUCCAGUACAAAUGACCCCUGUUGAUUGGUUCCAAGGCCUCUCCACCUCUUUCUCUUUGGAAGAUCUUACCCCAAAUAUCGACAUGAUUCAGAUGGAGAUCGAUGGGAAGUCGAAGCAAAUCGAUGCUUUGCAGACUCGUUUGGCUUUUUUGCAGGGUACGCCGACGGCCGACCUCCAAGAGUUGAAGCAGAAGCUUGACAAUGCGCAGAGUACCAAUGCGCAAGCACAAGCCGACCUCUCAACCACCUUUAAUGCUAACGUUGUUUCCGCUGCACUCACAUGUGUUAGCCCUACCGGCGAUUUCCUCAUGACCGAGUUUACGACCGCAGCAAAGUCGCUGAACAUUGUACCGAGUCUCUACACUGGUAUUGAGGGCGCGAUGCAGAAGGUCGGAGGCGCUCAAGUUGCCGUCGUAAAUGCAAGUCGUGCCUAUACGACGCUACUCUCGGAGGUUACCGCAGCUGAAGCCUCAGACAGCACUCUCGAACAGAAGGAGCUUACUAUGCAGAUUACUUCGCUGCAGAGCGAUGUCACAGAACUCACUACGCGCAUUAAAUUUCUGCGCUUCGAUGCCUCUGGCGCUCUUAAAACACCCAAGGACCCCACGACUGUUAAAACGGCAGACGUUCCGAUCUUGCCUCCCAUUUCCGGAUCAGGUGGCAGUCGAUGGCAGGAUAUCACCAUUAACUACCAAACGUCGAACAUGUUUUCGACAACGAACUCAUCUUCGACCGCUUAUUCGCCGAGUUCGGGACUGUCCUUCUUCUUCGGCGGAUCUUCUUCUUCUUCGUCAAAGUCAAGCGCGGACAGUUCAAGCCAUCUCAAGCAGACGGAUUUCACUAUGGAAGUUGGUUUUCGUGCCACGAUGGUCACCGUCGAUCGAAGCGGAUGGUUCCAGCCCCAAAUUUUCAAGCAAUCAACUGGAUUCUAUCAUAUCGAUCCACAAGUUUCAUGGAGCAAGUGGCCUGAAUCGAUUAAAGGAGCUUCUGGCCUUCAAAAUGCAACUGCCGAUGUUUGGGAUGCCAUGAACAAGUAUUUGAUGCCAGCCUUUCCAAUCGGCUAUGUUAUCUGCAAGGAUAUCACCAUCAAGGUAUCAUUGGAUUCGACGACACAGGACUCUGAUAGCUCGGUUUUCCAAUCUCAAACCUCAUCGUCUAGUGGAAUCCUUUUGUGGUCGACUUCUAGUUCGAGCAGCACCCGCUCGUCCCACCAGGGUGUCUUUACGCAAACAACCUCAGAUGGAUUGGUUAUUCGUAUCCCUGGCCCUCAGAUCAUAGGCUAUAUGUUUGAAAUCAUGCCCAAUGAUCUGACCACCCAGCUCCCUGAAACCAUCCCUGACGGUUUCUUCAUCCCUGAUGACGACUGA